AUUGAAUAUGAAUUGAUAUCUCGGUCAUGUGUGAACUUGAACGUGAGGGAGGAAAUAAAGCGCGCUCUUAGUGCGUAACAGGGAAGUAAGCUGUGCCUACUUUCUAGUUGUUACAAGUUGUCCGUGCUAAACUGCACGGUACUCUAAAUCGAUCAUUUUUCUUCGUUUAAAACGACUAUAACUGUCCAGCUUUUAAAGGGACAAACCUCAGCUUUGAAGUGAGUCAUGGAGGCAAGAAAUGUUUAGUAGGAUAUUCGGACUGGCGGAUUACUUAUGAGACAGAGGAGGAGGAAAGACGACGGACCAGAGUGUUUUUCAAUGUUGUGAAAUCAACAUUUAACUGAAGCCCUGCUUGAUCAUGGCCCAGUGGAUACACAUGUCCCAGAUGAUACAGCGCCUGUCUAAUGAUACAGUGAACAACCUCUAUCCCCCAUCCGCCUUCCCCAUCGAAGUCAGACAUUUCUUAGCUGAAUGGAUUGAGAGCCAAAGAUGGGACGACUUCAUGCUGGAAAACGUGGCGCAGGAGAGCCAGGCUCAGACUCUUUUAGACCAGACCAUCAGCCUGCUGCAAUCGUUUUCUCAGCAGAAUGCCAACGUGGUGGACAAGAUGAAGCUGAUGCAGAUGAGCAGGAACAUGACCAUGUUCAAGCAGCAACCGCUACGGUUUGGAGUGAUGGUCAAAGACAUCCUGAAGAAGGAGAGGGAUCUGCUCCACACGCCUGCUCAAACGCCCAACCCUCCACAGUACCAGCAGUACCUGAAUAGAGAGACGUCGUUCCCCAACAUGCAGGAUGUAGACCACCUGGUUCUGAAGGUGCUGGAUGUCCAGGAAAUCCGACAGAAGAUGCAUCAGCUGCAAGAAGAGCUCAACUGGGAAAGGCAGAACUAUGAGGGUUUACAAGGGCCUAUCCAACAGAACGGACUUGAUCCCAUAAAUGUAGAAACCCAGAAACUCCAGAAUCAUAUCCAGCAGCUGGAGUACAAUGUGAAAGCAAUGGCUACGAAGCGUUUCCAGCUGCUGAAGGAGUGUGUUGACUGUCUGGACCAGUGUCAGACCCGACUGAUCAGCAGGCUGAAAGUGUGGAGGUGGGAUCAGCACAAAGCCGCUAUCGGACAUCCCUUUGACGACAACCUCAACUCUCUGCAGACCUGGUGUGAGCAGCUGCUUGGCGUGAACGGGAAGCUGAGACAGGAGUUGAUGCUGAUCGGGGAACCGAUCCCAGAGCUUCAGGAAAGGCUCAGGCAACUUCUGCAGGUUCUGAUCCAAAGCUCUCUUGUCGUGGACAAGCAGCCCCCUCAGGUCAUAAAGACUCAGUCAAAGUUCUCCACAACAGUGCGAUAUCUGCUGGGGGAAAAAGUCGCUCCCGGAAAGCCUGUGGUUCUAAAGGCACAAAUCAUCAAUGAACUGCAGGCCAGGAAUCUGGGCAGUGCACCUGGAGAUAAUGUCGGGGAACUGAUCAACAAUACAGCCAUCCUAGAACACAACACAGUCAGCAAGAGCACAUGUGCCACUUUCAGGAAUAUGUCUAUCAAGAAGAUCAAGAGAGCAGACAGAAGGGGAUCCGAGUCUGUGACGGAGGAGAAGUUUGCCCUCCUGUUCUCGACAGAGAUCAUCAUCACAGGCUGUGACACUCCCUACAGGAUACAGAUGAUCUCACUGCCGGUGGUCGUCAUUGUCCACGGCAGUCAAGACAACAACGCUAUGGCCACCAUCAUAUGGGACUGUGCUUUUUCCGAACCAGACAGAGUGCCGUUCAUGGUGCCGGAGCGCGUGCCCUGGAGGAUGAUGUACAGCACUCUCAACAGUAAAUUCACCUCUGAGGUCCAGACAAACCACAAUCUGGACCAUUAUAACCAGCACUUCUUGGCCCAGAAGAUAUUUGACAGGCCUGAAUUUGCAGACGACUUCAGCAACACUUUGGUUUCCUGGACCCAGUUUAAUAAGGAGGUUCUUCCGGGUCGACCGUUCACUUUCUGGCAGUGGUUUGAGGGCGUGAUGGAGCUGAGCAAGAAGCACCUGAAGACCUACUGGAGCGAAGGGCUUAUAUUUGGUUUCAUUGGGAAGCAGCAUCUACACUUGAUUCUCAAAGACAGGCCCAACGGGACGUUCUUGCUUCGCUUUAGUGACUCUGAGAUCGGAGGCAUCACCAUUGCAUAUGUGUCCGCCAGUGAGAAUGGGGGACAGAAAAUCCAGAACAUCCAGCCCUUCACCAAGAGAGAUCUUGAUAUCCGUAGUCUUGGUGACCGCAUCCGGGACAUCAACGACAUAACACACCUGUAUCCAGAAUUUCCUAAACAUGAAGUUUUCAAAAGAUUCUUCUCGGAGUCUCCAGCGUCACCUCCAGGGGGCUAUAUCCCUGUGUCUCUCAAGACUAAAGUUGGCACGGAAUCUGACUCAGCCACCCCCCCGACUCCCAGUGUGACACCCCUCGCUGAAAGCUUCCCCAUGAAUAACUUCAUGCAGCCAUUCAGCCCGCAGAAUAAAGAAAUUAUGGAAGCUGCACCUCCUGUGGAGUUCAGUUCAGACUCUACUCCUGACUUCCCCGAUCACAUCGCCACAGAUAACAAUAUGGAACUAGAUUUCGAUACUCUCCAAUUCUGACUCUGAAUGGAAAGGAGGAUUUCCCAUCAAAGUAGUUUUUGGAGUGCAAAGCAGACAUCAGAAAGAGACCAGAGCCAAAGUCGUCUGUCUUACAGAAGUGCAGACUUUCUUGCUUAACUUUCAUCAUCCAUCUACAGAUGAAUCUAAUUUUUGAGUAAAAAAUAAAUGUGAUUUCUCUGUGACAAAACAUGCUGAGCUGGAGCUUUGUGAAAGCAGAACAUUUAAGGACAAAGUAAAACAGAGAACAAACGAAAAUAACGAACAGUGUCGUCUUCGCUGUUGUCCGGCCAUCCUUGCUGUGCACCUCUUUAAAAAGCUGUUCUCUCCCUCACCGGAGGAAGGUACAUGGAUGCUGUUCAUCGCCACUCAGUGGACAGUCCGGAGAUUUUUUAUUUUAUUUCUGUUUUGCAUGUUUUUAGCAAUGAUGGGGCAUAUUUGAAUAGUAUUUCCGUCUUGUAUAUAACCCUAAGCCUCAACUAUAUUAUGAUAUAUACAGUAUCUUACAGUAACACACAGUAUGCAUGAGAAAGACUUCUUCUUCUUAAAGCCAAUGUUAAUAAGCCUACCCCGUUCUGUGGUAUAGUGAGGAUUAGGAACGUGAGAGGAACAAUAAGCUUUUCCGUCACUGUUGACUGCUAAACUAUACCCCAUGGAUGGACACCUACAAUGCAGCAAAUGGCAGAAGUGGUGGUGAUGAUGAUGGUGGUGAUGGGAAAUGUUUGUAUUAUAUCUGCCUUCUAAAAGAUUCCAUUGUGUAUCUUUUCUGUUCUAUGUUUAUAUCAGGUGUUGUUUGUUACUCUCAGCCAAUAAUAUUUGCACUAAUGCAAAAGAUUAUUGGUAUCUGUCUGCAGUCUUUGGAGUGAUACAACUCAUAAAUGAUCAACAGUAUAUUCCCACACCUCUAUUCGUAUGAUAAUUCUCCACUUAGAAGUUAUUUUAUGUAACUACAUUUGGGAUGCAGUAUCUUUGCUUUGUGGGAGCUCUAAAUUCUUAAUGUGUUCUGGUUUUAGCAGCUUUUAUCCUCAGCUAAAUGUAAGUAAAAAUCAAUCUUCCUCAUUAACCAACUUUUGGAUUUGGAUGAGAUGCUUUGCACUACCUACCAUCACUGUCAAUGUUGUGCAAGUAAUAUUAUAAUGGUGUGUUGGAAGUACCAUGUUGCAUGUCUGUUCAACGGAAGAAAACCUUUUAUAUCUUGUGGAUUGACUUUUGGAUACAUCCUCCCGAGGCUACUACUAUAGUCCAUAUUAUCUUUCAGCUGUGGUGACAAACAAAGUCUUAGUUCUUUCUCAAAAUGUCAAAAAUACUUUGUGAAAUGUAUUAACAAGAAAUUAGUUAUCUCCCUUAAUCCAACCUUGACUUGAGAAUUUGUCUGACAAGCAGUUGCAGUUGCUUUCACUGCCCUUGUGGUAUCAAAAAAUAACCUAAUCUGAUUGGCAAAUAUUUAUUUAAAUAGAAUACCUACUGGGUUUAGUUCUCCGAAGUGUCAUGCAUAUGUCAUAUAUUGUAAUUGUAGCAAACAUUUAAUAUUUGCUUUUUAAUACAUGCAAAUGUAGGUCUGUCCUGUGUGGAACCAUCUGUUUGAAUCCCAUAUUGUUCUACAGUUAGUCUAAAAGAAAACAGACAAAGGAAUGAUUGGAAACAUAAGAAUUUUCUGAUUUUUUUGACAUAUAAAAAUAAUAAAUCAAUGGCAUUGUGAGCGGGAAGGUAUGCCUGGUACCAAAAAGCCUGUCCAUUGAAUGAAAGCAUAUUGGUGUAUAACAUAAUUGGCGUCACUUCCAUAAUCCAUCAGCCAAAGAGGAGACAUUGCAUAACUAGCAUAUUAUAUUUCCUAUCCAGUUUCAACAAUCAUGAAAUGAUUAAAAAAAAAAAGAGAGAAAACUUUACACUGUACAUCACAAAGCUUUUCCAUUAGAACACAAAUUCUAAUUUCAACAUGUCACUAAAAUGUAAAUUCUACUCAACCACUGCCAGGGAAAUCACACUGAAAAAAAAAGGUUAUGUAGAGGAAGCAGAAAGAGAAUCAGCUUACAUGUCUGGUUCAAUAACUGCUCUGGUAAAAUUUGUCAAAAUGCUAACUUAUCUCAGUGCCCCGUCCCCUUCCCUCCAUCCCAGCAGCUUUAGAUGUCCCCUCUUUAGAGCAGAACAAGCUGCCUCGUAAACAAAGGGAGGAGGUAGGGUGAAUGUAGGAGGGAUGGAAGAGAGAGGGGAUGUCAGGCCAAUGGAGAGCUAACUUCAAAGUUAAUUCUCUUUUGUGUAGAUUGUAUGAAAAUAAAGGUGUACAUUUAUCACCCUGUACAAAACACACUAAAGAUUUCAGUCAUCUUGCAGUGACCUUCUCUCUUCACCCAAAUACCAGAGAGGGGCUUGUUCAAUAAAACUAUCUCACUCCCAAAGAGCCACCCAGCUCAGCAUAGAAAAGAGAAGGAACCAGGUGUUUGCCAACACCAGCAACAAGCCACCACACCUCAUGCACUCUUUCAUUUCUAACCUCGAGUUGAUGUAACAAAGACCCUUCAGUCGUGUCAAACAAAACAAUUCAACUAGAAAACGCUUGUUCCUCAUGACAGCUUGUCAGGUUUGCUUUCUUUGUUUUUCCAUGGCAGACACGCAAAUGUAAAUGCAAACCAACUAUCACACACCUGUACAUGAAUCUGUGAUAAGCGCUGCUCUAAAAGCAAAGCUCAUGUCAGAAAAGUCAUUUAAAUGUAACCCAACACAAAUACUGUAUAAGUUGUCUAAAUGUGGUACAAACCUGCAGAUUUCCCACUAAGAAAGCAAUUGGUAACAUAUUUGGUGGCAAUUAUACCAUUUCAAGUGUUUGUAAUUGUAACUUUAUUGAAGACUGAGCUCAGAAAAACCA